AUGACAAAAUCAAGCGGCCAGGAGCGCGAGCCUGACCGCAACAUAUGGGAUGAGAUUUUUUGUCGCAAACCGAAGGAAAAGACUGGCAUUUCGUUGAAUGACCUGAAGCGUGAUGUUGAGUUGGACGAUCACAAGAUCCCAAUGGAGGAGUUCCUCAAAAGACAUGGCACCAGCUUGGAGAAGGUGAAUAUUUUUAAGAUUUUUGAAAUUUAAAUUUUAGGGUUUGACACAAGCCGAAGCGACCGAACGCCUCAAAAAGAACGGCCCAAAUCGUCUGACUCCGCCGAAGGAGAAGAGCAAACUCCUGGUCUUCCUAUUGAUAUUGGUGACCGGCUUCAACAUGUUGUUAUGGCUUGGAGCCAUUGGUUCCUUUACCAGUUUUGUGGUCGAAUGGAUGGCGAAACCGAAUCAGACGCCAAACAAAGACAACUUGUACUUGGCUACAGUUCUGUUUUUGGUGGUAUUGAUCACAAGUUUGUUCCAAUUUUACCAGGAAAACAAAAGCAGUACUAUCAUGAAAGGUUUUGCUAACAUGGUACCACCUAUGGCAACGGUAUGUUAGGCUUUGAGGUUUUAUGUAGUUUUUUUUUGUGAUAAGGCUUAAAGUUGAAGAGACUUGAUUUGUGCAGCAUAAAAUGUCAAUAAAAAAUUAUUUUUGUUACCUAAAAAUGUAGUUCAAGGUCAUUUAUUACCUAAAAAUGUUAUUUUAGGUAAUUCGGGACGGUAAGCACAGAGAAGUUCCUGCGGCUGAUUUGGUAAUAGGCGAUGUAGUGGAAUGUAAAGGUGGAGAUCGAUGUCCGGCCGAUAUCCGAGUGACCAAGUCUCAAGGUUUCAAGCUUGACUAUUCAUCGUUGACGGGAGAAAAUGAUCCGAUCACGAAAACCCCAGAAUUUACUCACAAUAACCCUAUGGAAUCUAGAAACGUGGGCCUUUUUUCCACGAAUGUGGUUGAAGGAACCGCCAGAGGUGUGGUAAUCUUGACUGGUGACAGGACUAUCAUGGGUAGGAUUGCGGCAUUGACGUCACAGGUAUUACUUUUAUAAAUUUUUUUUGAAUAUUUGAGUUUUUGGAUUUUUUUAUUUUAAUUUUUAAAAAAUUGAAUUUUGUUUAAAAUUUUGAAACGUAAAACUUCAGGUAAACUCAGGAAAGACCCCUUUGUCAACAGAAAUGGACAAUUUCGUCCAUCUGAUCGGUGUUGUAGCUGUCGUCAUCGGCGUGGUCUUUUUUGCUAUUUCCAUAUCGCUCAAUGGAAGUUUUGUCGAAGCCUGUAUCUUCUUCAUUGGAAUUGUAGUAGCAAACGUCCCCGAAGGAAUCGUGGCCACAAUCACCGUCGCUUUAACCCUAACAGCUCAGAAAAUGAGUGCCAAAAACUGCUUGGUCAAGAAUCUGCACGGUGUAGAAACCUUGGGCUCAACUUCAACAAUUUGCAGCGACAAAACUGGCACAUUGACUCAGAAUCGCAUGACAGUAACUCACACAUGGUUCGACAACAAUGUGAAUGAUGUCACGGACAAGGUGUUUCCGGAACAACCAAAAGACGGUGAUACGGAAUUUUUGGUGUGGAGAUGUGCUACAUUGUGCUCCAGAGCCGAAUGGAGGACGGAAAAUGCCGGUGAACCAAUUACGAAGCGAGAAGCCAAUGGAGAUGCGAGUGAAAUUGCGUUGUUGAGAUACAGUGCACUUCGGUCGAACGAUGGGGUUGAGGCUUUUAGACAAAAGUGGCCGAAAGUCGCGGAAAUCCCGUUUAAUUCUUCGAAUAAGUAUCAGGUGGGUUUUGUGGCAGAGUUUAAUGAUAUUUUGGUUUAUUUGGAUCAUAGAUAAGUUAAAAAUUAAAAUCUUGCUAUAAAAAAUAAAAAAUAAUUUUUUUACAUAAAAUUAAUAAAAAUUAACUUUUUUCAGCUGUCAGUCCACAAAAAUGAUGCCAAUCGCUUCGUCCUAGUAAUGAAAGGAGCCCCAGAAAAAAUCUUGGCCAAGUGCACGGACGUGCUCAUGGAGAACAGAACACUCAAGUUAGACAAGGAUUUCAAAACCAAGUUUACCCACGCCUACGACAAACUUGGCGGAAUGGGCGAAAGAGUACUGGGCUUCUCUGAUCUUGAGUUAGACCCCGAAAAGUUUCCGGAAGACUACGACUUUUCGACCGAACCAGUCAAUUUCCCGGUCGAUGGACUGAGGUUUUUGGGCUUGAUCAGUAUGAUCGAUCCUCCAAGACCAGGCGUUCCAGAAGCCGUUCAAUUGUGUCAGGCGGCCAGGAUUAAGGUUAAUAUUUUGAAAUUUUAAUUUUUUGUAGAUUUAGGGUUUUUUAUUUUUGAACUGUGAUUUUUAGGUAAUAAUGAUAAAUUUUAGGUAGUAAUGGUAACUGGCGAUCACCCGAUCACAGCCAAAGCUAUCGCUCAACAAGUACACAUCUUCAACAAGGACUUCAAGGUUGCUCAUUUGAUCGAAGACUCGGACAGUUAUGACGAUGUUAUCAAUGCUUAUGAGUAGGAUUUUAAAGAAAUAAAAAAGAUCAUUUUAUUUUUUUUAAACUAAGAUAAUGACACUGUUUUGGUCCUUAAAAUUAUUUAUUUUAACAAUUUUCUGUAAAAACAUGUUUUCAGAGGAGAAAAAGCCGUAAUUGUGCAUGGAGAACAGUUGAAAAAGCUGGCAAACGAACAACUCGAUCAUCUGGUACGAAUCUACCCCCAAGUUGUCUUUUCUCGAACUUCCCCCGCCCAGAAACUCCAAAUUGUCGAAGCCUACCAACGUUGUGGUCGAAUCGUCGCGGUAACCGGCGAUGGUGUAAAUGAUGCUCCAGCCUUGCGAAAAGCCGAUAUUGGUAUUGCGAUGGGAAUUGCAGGAACAGAGGUAUCGAAACAAGCGGCCGACAUGAUUUUACUCAACGAUAACUUUGCUUCUAUCAUUACUGGUGUGGAGGAGGGGAGAUUGAUCUUUGACAACUUGAAAAAAGCCAUUGCCUAUGUGUUGACGUCGAAUGUGGCCGAACUUAUGCCAUUUUUGUUGUAUGCGGUGUUUGGAAUCCCUCUGCCGUUGAGUAUUGUUGCGAUUCUGUUGAUUGAUGUCGGAACUGAUUUGGUGGGUUUUGAAAGUGUUGUAGUAGAAGAUAUUGGUUGAAAGUUUGAAGGAGAAUGUAAUAUUAUUUUUUGGUCGAUAAUUUUGUAGAAAGUUAAUUUUUAACAUUAGUAUCAAUAAAAAAUGGACAGAAAGUAAUAAUCUGAUCAUUUUAGUGGCCAGCCAUUUCGUUGGCCUACGAAGAAGCCGAAAACAAUAUCAUGAAGCGUCCACCAAGAAACCCGGAGCACGAUCGACUGGUAAAUUACCGUUUACUGAGUUUUACCUAUCUACAAAUUGGUGUAAUUCAAAGCUUGGCCGGCUUCACUACCUACUUUGUGGUUAUGGCCGAAAAUGGGUUUUUACCGCACACUAUCUACAACAUACGACAAGUGUGGGAAGAUAAGGGAAUUGAUGACGUAUUAGACAGUUAUGGACAACAGUGGGUGGGUUAUUAUAUUUUUUGUUGGGGAGGGGCUUUUACUUUUUUAAUUUAUAGUAUUGUACUGUAUAGCGUCAUACUGUAAUUUUAGUCGUACCAUCAAAGAAAGCAACUGGAGCACAGCUGUCACGGUGCCUUCUUCUUUGCCAUUGUUAUUGUCCAAUGGGCGGAUUUGAUCGUAGCACGUACUCGUUCAGCAUCAAUGCUCUCGCACCGCUUCUCCAACAUUGUACUAACCACGGGCAUGCUCUCGACCGUCGUACUAUCCUACAUUUUCCUCUACGUACCAGGCAUUCAGGACAUUUUCCAACUGACCGGUCUUCGUCUCCGCUGGACUAUGAUCGCGGUACCAUUCGGAUGGUUUUUGGUACUGUUUGACGAAACGCGAAGAAUGGCCAUCAGAAGAAGCCCAACUGGAUGGGUGUUCCGCGAGACUUACUACUAG